CGUACUCAGAUAAGACGUCGCUCAUGCGCAGGAGCUCAGCGCUGAGGCCUGCCGGAAGCCAAGAUGGCGUAUAUGUGUUCUCCAGGCCGCAGUUGGCGCCUUAUCAGUAUCUGAGCGGGUAUUUUGUAAGGGGCUGUGGCGAACGCCCUUUCCGCCGUAAUGGCCCGGCAUCGGAAUGUCCGAGGCUAUAACUACGAUGAAGAUUUUGAAGAUGAUGAUUUCUAUGGCCAGUCUGUAGAGGAUGAUUAUUGUAUUUCGCCAUCAACAGCUGCUCAGUUUAUUUACUCACGACGUGACAAACCGUCUGCUAUUGAGCCUCUGGAAGAAUAUGAUUAUGAAGACUUGAAAACAUCCUCCAAUUCUCUUUUGAACCAUCAGCUAAGUGAAAUUGAUGAAGCUCGUCUCUAUUCAUGCCUUGAUCACAUGAGAGAGGUACUUGGAGAUGCUGUGCCAGAUGACACAUUGAUUGAAGCAGUACUGAGGAACAAGUUUGAUGUGCAGAAGGCUUUGUCAGUGGUUCUGGAGCAAGAUAAAAUGCAGAAUUUGAAAGUCAGGAGUGAAGAAGCAGUAUCUACAAGAAAGAUAGCAAAAGGAGUCUUAUUAUCUUCCUCUGAAGUUUCAGCUGAUAAUGUUCAAAACUCUUGUCCUCAAUCUGCAGACCGUCUGGAUUGCAGUAGCAAAUCCUUUGAUUUUUCUGCCCCAGGAGCAAAAUAUGGAUUAUGUCAUAGUUCCUCCAUUGUACCAAGUCGCUAUUUACUUUAUAAAAAAAAACUUGACAGACCUAAAAGUGAAAAGAAACUAGAAUCAUGUAAGUUAACAAAAGAGCUGUCACUAGCUGACCUAAUUGAUUAUAUGCCAAGAGAUUCUUGCAAAAGUCAGCCAUCAGUCAGAUUAUCAUCCACAGAUAGUCUGGAGAGUCCACCUUCAAAGAGUAUAGAUGCUGAUUUGUUUAGACCUCAUGCAUCUGAAUGUAUUUCUAAAGAUGAUUCUGCGUUCAAAGAAAUACCAGAUUUAAAAUCCUUAAUGAUAAAAAACACAACACCUAAUAACUAUCUAUUUAUUCAAAAUAAUUCAGUUCCUGAUUUGCAAAAUAUUCCAGUACAAAACAGCUUUGAAAGUUUAAAUAAUCCUUUGCUCUUAACUAGCUCUUUGGAAAAUAUGGCUGUUGAUAAUUUAAAUGCUAGUAAAAUGGCUGAAGUUGGAAGUGUUUCUUCAGUUGAACAGAGUGCCAAGAAUUGCAUAUUAAGAAAUGACAACUUGCAGUUUUCCCAAUGUGAAAGUUCAUCUUUAGCUGAACUGUUUCAGAAGCACAAAGAAAACAAUCCAAGCGAAUGCUUUACUUUAUCUGAUCUUUGUAACCAGCCAUCUGCCAGUUUCACAGAUCUGAGUUUGGGAUCCUUCCCCUUGUCACAACUAGCAAAUCGGUAUCAGUCUUCAACUGGAAUAUCAGAAUUAACAGGAUCUCUGUCAUCCUUGGCAUUUCGUAAAGCUUCUCCGACAAGAGACCUUGAGAAUUUGUCACUUUCUGAUUUGAUUGCAGAAACAAUUGAUGUAGACAACUCUAAGAUUAAGAAAGAGUCCUGUCCGCUCAGUUUAUCUGAAGUGAGGGCACCUGAAAUAGAUUUGAAUAUAGAUCUCAGUGUCCUCAUAAAAGCCCCAGAUAAUGUUCCAAAACCUGUAGUAGACCAAUCCAUUGCUCCAACAUCAGGAACUAAAGUUCUAAGUUCAAGGUUAGGGAAAGAUUCCAAUUCUGCUAAGGAUAAUAAGAAAAACAGUAAAGGCUCUCUGACUAGGAAACCACCUUUUUCUCUCUCUUGGACCAAGGCUCUUGCUGCCCGACCUUCAGCUUUUGCUUCAACACUGUGUCUUCGUUACCCAUUGAAAAGCUGCAAACGACGCACCCUUGACCUCUAUAAGAGUUUUCUUUAUAGCAGACAAGUUCAAGACGUAAAGGACAAAGAAAUAAGUCCUCUUAUAGCAAUAACACCAUUUGAUUUCAAAUCAGCAUCUCCUGAUGACAUUGUAAAAGCUAAUCAAAAGAAAGCUUUUACUAGAGAAUAGUAACAAAAGGAAAACUUGAUAACUUUUGUAGAGCUCUUUCUUUUAAAUUAAUUUGACGUCUUUAUAGCAUUGCUUUAUAUUAUGGGAUUUAAUUUGUGAUUUUUAUAUUAAAAUUGUCUUAACAUCAGUUGAUAGCUUUAGUUGAUACAUAUUUUUGCACUGAAUUUUUUUUUUUAACAAUCUUCUUUAGUGAUAACUGGCUUUAAGUUGAUAGCCUAUUGAGUGUAUGUUUACCAAGUGCAUAUGGAAAUUUGAUAUUGUGAAAUCAAGCCUCAGCUAUUUUUGUUUAAAGCAUUCAAUUUUAUAAGUUUUUACAAUGAGAUGUUUUCUUUUAUAAAAUAUUUUUGUGCUUUGUUCUCAAGUGAGAAUGCUAUCACUUGGGAUUAUUAUAGUUUAGUGAUGAAGAUUUUUCUUAUAUGUAGCAUAGCAUCGCUGAGACAGUAUUAUAUUUUAAAAAAUUAAUGAUAUCAUUCCAAUUUCAUUAUUUUCUGCAGGUGAAUACUAAGACUUUUCUAUUAGAAAAUCUUAAAAUUCCUGACUUUUAAUAAUACUGUGGAGGUUGUUGAAAUACAUUUUUCAUGAUAAUAAAAUGAAAAUCCUUUUAAGGGGCCAUGUACAUAUUGAAGAUGGAUUAAUACAUAAAUUAUUUUUAUACAUUUUCAAAACCAUUUGUCCUAAAUGCACACUUUAAAAUAAAUAUACAGAAAGCCUUUUCAAGUAUGGUUGCAUGUUCUUUGAAUAGAUAAUCUUAUCAGAGCUCUUUAACUUUUUUACUAUAAGUGAUGAAAUGUAGAGUUUUCCCUCUUUGCUGCUGAUGGCUUGUAUAUACUAUAAUGACAUAGUUUCAGCAAUGGCAAAUCUUUUAGUCAGUAGAACAAAUAGGUAAUUCAACCCUUAAAGCAGUCAUCCUCAACUGGCAGCCAGAAUCACUGGGGGAGUUUUUUUCAAAACACAGAUACUGUGGCUUCACUCCAGACAUGGUGACUCAAUCUCUGAGGGGUGACACUUGGGAGUGUGUAUUUUCAUAUUGGUCCCCAGUUGAUUCUGAUGGGUCACUUCUACUUGGGAAUCACUGCCUUAAAGAAAUCAAUAGAAUGAUAGAAAUUACUAAUGCUAAGAAUAAUAUCCAGCCAACUUGAAUUUUUAAUUUGUAUUUUUAGUAAUUAGAAAUACUAAAGAAAAUUGCUAAUUAGGAAUUAGGUCUUUUGCAUAAGAAGAUGCUGCUAUAAUAUUAUUAGUAUUUCUUGCAGAAAAAAAUAUAUAAAAUGUUAUUUCUUAAUAAAAAUAAAAUAGCUGUAUUUUCCCAGUAAAGAAAUAUUUUUCUCUGACAGCUACUUCACUAUGAAUUUGAUAAUUUUUUUUUGUAUUUCUUGUAUGUUUAUUUUCAGGAUGACAUUCCAGUAUUUUUAGCUGUAUGUGAUUUUUUAUAUCCAGUGUUUUGGUGGAAAAGUUUAUGCCAGCCUUAUGGCUUCAUUGUUCUUGACCAAACACUUUUUGUGAUGUCUUCAGUUCUUGUUUUUAAUGGGAUAUUUGAGUGCAUAUCAUACUGAUGCUUAGAUCAUAUAAAUUACAGGUUAUAUUUUAGGAUUGAUUUUAAAGUUUGAAUUACCCACCCCAGCUGCUGAUUUUCUUUUUCUAGUCUUGAACCUUAAUUAAACAUUUUAGUAAUUUUGAACUAUUAGUCUAUGACUCAUCAGCUGGAUUUAUAAAUGGUAGGCAGUCUCCAAUUUGGAAGCAAAUUGUAUUCUCAGUGUUUGUUUGGAACUGUCAAUAAUUCCUGAUGGAUUAAAUGCUACACAGGUGGUUCUUAAACACUGUUUAACCCAUGUUGAAGUUGAACAGUGUUACUGUUAUUUUAUCUUCUUUUAUAACUAAUUUUCAAGUGGAAAUACAGUACUUUUUAAGCCAUAUAGUAGGUUUUAUAGCAUGAACUGUAUCUCCCUUUGUUGGCUGAUGAGGAUUGUAACUACCAUUUAGAAAAUUUUGUUUUUUAGGGGGAAAAAUUCUAUAUUGCAGGGUGAUAGGGAAGGUAACAAUUUUUAAAUAGCUCUCUCUAUUUUUGUUGUCAUGGCCACUGGUCUGUCAGGUCUGUACCUGACAUGCAUUUGCCCUGUUGACUAAGGAAGUGUCACAGUCUCUGAGAUUCAGAGAGUGGAACCGAGAAGACCCACUGCCCCUUCUACCCUUGGCCACUGGCCCUCGGUAAAGAGACAGGUGCUUGCUCGUUCGUGGAUACAUUCCUAGUGAUGACUGUUGCUUGCACUAAGUGUAUAUUUGUACCAGCUGCUGUUUAUUGACUGACUGCUGUCUUGGUAGCUCAGGUAGGCUAAGUGUUUUUAGUUUAUUUUCCAGUUCCAAUAUCAGUUUUGAAGUGCAAUGCCAUUUUUAUUUGUGUUAUGAUCAAAUGCAUUAGUAGUUUACUUUAGGAAUAGAAAUAAUGUGAUUAUAUUCUAAAUGAUAUAAAUGCGAAAGACAUUUAAAAUGACCAUUUUUACUCUUCACUUUUUAAAAUUUUUAAAAGAGCUGAUGUUCAUAGAUGUUUUUCCCUCUUGCAUUCUCAAGUCUUUGGUUGGUUUUUUUGGUUAUGGUUCUUGUUACCAUUAAUUGUCAAGAACCAGGGUUUCAGUUUUGUGCAGAGCACUUUGCUUAGGUUUUCUUUCUUAAUUGUUUUAUCUUUGUCAUGUUUCCAAUCUAAUGAACUGGUAUUCUAACCCUUAUUCCUCCCUUUAGCUUUGAAUCUUCCUUUCUUAAACUUUUCUUUCACCUGUUCUCUUCUCAUAUUAACAGUAAUACCAUUCCCAAUGUAUUAUAUUUAAUUUUUAGUAGUCAGUGGGAGGUCGUGCAACUAAUUGUCACACCAAGAAUAAAACUAGUCCAGUGCUUUUCUAUAUGUGGACCAUUGCAAAUAAACAAGUAUACAGUCAUAUAUUGAGGAAGAACUGUGCAUCAAGUUUUCUGUUUUGUGUUCACACAAGUAUAUAUUUGCUUGUAAAAUCAGAUUUAUAGCAGCCUAGAAAUUGUUUUCUAUUACCUGAAUAAACAAAGGUAAUACAGACUGGACAGGGAGGGAUUGGUAUGACUACUUUACUAUUAUAUAAGGCUCAGUGUAUGCAGUUGUAUAUUAUAACUUUAAUUUUCAAGGUAUAAAAAACUUGUCACAUUUUGAUUGUAUAUAUGCAUUUUUGUAAAAGCUACGUUGAAAUAAAUUAUAAUUCUGAAGUUUUCUUAAA